AUGGGGGAUUCAGAAGCAGAAUCGAAACGCCGCAUGACCGAGUCAGAUCGCCAGAGGAUGCAGGAGGAAGAGGAACGCGUGCUUACGGCGAUGCCGGCCGGCACCAAGGAGCUGCUUGACCUUUACACCAACAGGGUGACCUUGAACAUGGACCGCUUCGUGGACAGAAUCCGCGAAGAGCACGAGCCGAGGUUCAAGGCCUUGGAAGAUGGAGCAACUAAGCUCGAGGCGCGGGUGAGCGACCUUGAGAAGAAGAUGAUCGACGCAAGUUCGUCAGCAGCAAGCGGAGUGACAGCAACCGGAGAUUGGAAACCUUCGAACAUAUUGGUGAGGGUCUGCGAGUUCAAAGACAAGGAGAAACACAAGAUAGGACUCAGCACUCUGCGCACGUGGCUCGAUGGAGUCAAACAGGCUAUGGGGCCGGCAGCAAGCCCCAUGGGAGGGCUCAAAGUCCGAACCACGGAGAACAUCUACAAGGCGGAGAUCCCGGUGGCCCCGGACCAGCUGCACAAUGUGAAGCAGCAGUUCGUCGAGACCAUGGUCGCGUCCAACCUGGCGCUCAAGUCUGCAACGGGAGAAGACCUGUGGCCCAAGGUGGGGGUGGAGCAACACCCCGUGAGGAUGGCGAGGUACCGCGCUUUCGGGAGCUUGGCCGAGGUCAUCCGCGACAAGGCCGCCAAGACCGGCCACGUCAUCACCGAGGACUGGCUGAAGAGCUUCUCGAUCUCCGUGGGCAAGCUGGACGAGGAGGCAAUCCCAGUGGCGUGCAUCGACUCUUCAUCCCAGGUUGUCUGGGAUUCUGAGGCGCUCGCCACAUUGGUUUGGAGCCGCGAGCAACUGACGAUGGCUAUGCGGAAACAGCGGUGCCGAAUGGAACCGGCGAUUCGAGAUCUCACAGAGUUGUGGGCUAUCACUGCGAAUUUACGGCACAAAGCGGCUGUGUACAGGGGUAAGUUUUUCAAGUGUGUGUCACAGAUCGUGAAGAAGAUGUCUGUCAUUUUCCUCCAAGAGGUGCCACAGUGGGAAGAGGGUUUCUUCUCGGGGUGGAUGGUGUCCUCCAGUUUUGGGGAGGACUGUGCGAUAGCAGUCCCAGGGACGUGGCGAGACCAGAUUCACAGACGAUCAUCUGGCACAUAUUUCAGCAUGUUGCAGUGCUCGAAUUGCGGAUACAUAAAUAUGCAUUUAGUACCAGGGAACGAUGCACGGGCAAACAGCAUUUGGGAACAUGCGAUGCACGCUUUGGAAACAACCUGCUGCGAGUGGGAGCGAACAAAUCCUCGAGUGACCAAGUGGGUGAUAGGUGGAGAUCUGAAUCUUACUAUGCCUGCUGAUCAGCCUGACCUUACCGGAUGCUGGGUGGGGCCGCCAAAGAACGGCCACCUAGCAACCAAGAUAGCUAGAGCAUCCAAGUUUUUCAUUGCCAGGGGCUGCGUACUCAUUAACACUCCAUCUUCAUUUUCAUGA